GUGCUGGCGUCUGCUGAGAGAAUGUAUGACAACAUGUCCACGAUGGUGUAUAUAAAGGAAGACAAGUUGGAGAAGCUGACACAGGAUGAAAUCAUUUCUAAGACAAAGCAAGUGAUUCAGGGGCUGGAAGCUCUGAAGAAUGAGCACAAUUCCAUUUUACAAAGUUUACUUGAGACACUGAAGUGUUUGAAGAAAGAUGAUGAAAGUAAUCUGGUGGAAGAGAAGUCAAACAUGAUCCGGAAGUCGCUGGAAAUGCUGGAGCUUGGCCUGAGUGAGGCACAGGUCAUGAUGGCUUUGUCCAAUCACCUGAACGCUGUUGAGUCCGAGAAGCAGAAACUGCGUGCACAGGUUCGUCGGCUCUGCCAGGAGAACCAGUGGCUGCGGGACGAACUCGCCAAUACGCAACAGAAAUUACAGAAGAGUGAGCAGUCUGUGGCUCAACUGGAGGAGGAAAAGAAGCAUCUGGAAUUCAUGAAUCAGUUAAAAAAAUACGAUGAUGACAUCUCUCCAUCCGAGGACAAAGACACCGAUUCCACCAAAGAGCCUCUGGAUGACCUUUUCCCGAAUGACGAUGAUGAUCCCGGUCAAGGAAUCCAGCAGCAACACAGCAGUGCGGCGGCGGCCGCGCAGCAGGGCGGCUACGAGAUCCCGGCGCGGCUGCGCACCCUCCACAACCUGGUCAUCCAGUACGCCUCUCAGGGCCGCUACGAGGUGGCCGUGCCGCUCUGCAAGCAGGCCCUGGAGGACCUGGAGAAGACUUCCGGCCACGACCACCCAGACGUGGCCACCAUGCUGAACAUCCUGGCUCUGGUGUACAGAGACCAGAAUAAAUACAAAGAUGCCGCUAAUCUACUGAAUGAUGCCUUGGCCAUCCGUGAGAAAACUUUGGGCAAAGAUCAUCCCGCGGUGGCAGCAACUCUGAAUAACCUCGCAGUUCUUUAUGGCAAAAGAGGGAAGUACAAAGAGGCCGAACCGCUGUGUAAAAGAGCUCUGGAGAUCAGAGAAAAGGUUUUGGGAAAGGAUCACCCCGACGUUGCCAAGCAGUUAAAUAACUUGGCCUUACUGUGCCAGAAUCAGGGCAAGUACGAGGAAGUAGAAUAUUAUUAUCAAAGAGCCCUCGAGAUCUACCAAACAAAACUGGGGCCCGAUGAUCCCAAUGUGGCCAAAACGAAAAAUAACCUGGCAUCCUGCUAUCUGAAGCAAGGAAAAUUCAAGCAAGCAGAAACACUGUACAAAGAGAUUCUCACUCGUGCACACGAAAGGGAGUUUGGUUCUGUAGAUGAUGAAAAUAAACCCAUUUGGAUGCAUGCUGAAGAAAGAGAAGAAUGCAAAGGAAAGCAAAAGGACGGGACAUCUUUUGGAGAGUAUGGCGGCUGGUACAAAGCCUGCAAAGUUGAUAGUCCGACUGUUACAACCACUUUGAAAAACCUUGGGGCACUUUACAGACGUCAGGGCAAAUUUGAAGCUGCAGAAACAUUGGAAGAAGCAGCCAUGAGGUCCCGCAAACAGGGUCUUGACAAUGUUCACAAACAGAGAGUAGCUGAAGUGCUGAAUGACCCUGAGAACAUGGAGAAGCGCAGGAGCCGGGAGAGCCUGAACGUGGACGUGGUCAAGUACGAGAGCGGCCCUGACGGAGGGGAGGAAGUGAGUAUGAGCGUAGAGUGGAACGGGGAUGGCACUGGAUCUUUAAAGCGCAGUGGUUCCUUUAGCAAACUCCGGGCUUCAAUUAGACGCAGCAGUGAGAAGCUGGUUAGGAAGCUGAAGGGAGGAAGUUCUCGAGAGAGUGAGCCAAAGAACCCCGGCAUGAAGCGUGCCAGUUCCCUGAAUGUCCUUAACGUGGGUGGCAAGGCUGCUGAAGACCAUUUCCAAGAACGAAAUAUUCGUCUGGCAGACUCGCGAGCUCUGAGUGCCAGCCACACUGACCUGGCCCUCUGAGGGCCGAGGCAGAGCUAGAUAAACCCCCGAGACUAACGAAGCACCGAGACCCUCCAGGCUUUGCCACACCCCUCCCCCCGCUGCAGGGGACCCACCUCCCGGCUUGCUUCCUUUCCUAGGGCGUCUCCAGUAGAGCCUCUUUCUGUGGAAAAUGACAGCAGCAGCGGCCUCGAGGACGCCAGCGGUAAUUGAAGCCACCCCCGGUCUUGGCCUGGAAGACCCAGGACGACGCUGCUUGUUGCCGCCAGGGGCAGCCCUGUGACAGCCGGGGGACGGCCACCGAGGCUGGAGGGCCCUGGAGCCGGAGGCCUGCAGCACUAACCUCGUCUUCCCCCGUGUCCCCGUGCCACGGAGCACACUGUCCCACUAACAACCACACUGCUCGUCGGGACGCGCGUCGCUCGCAAAGCCAUGGCCACGCUUGGCCCCUGCAGGAUGGCGGGGUGGGCGCGGCCUCCCUGCUGGGCCGCGGCUCCGGGAGACCCGCAGGCCACCUGUGUCCUGACCCUCCGUGGAAGAGGCCGUGGCUGCGGGCCCCGUGGGCCGCGCUUACCGUGCUACUUCCCCAAGCUGUGUGAGAUAGGUUUCAUUGUACAUUUUUUAAAAAUUAAAAGUUUAUAUACCUUA